GAGCUAGAUCAAUAUAGGUCUUCUUUAUGCUCGAUCACAAACCAGGCUAUUAGGCCUACAAGUAGUAAUUUCUGCCUGAAACUCUGCUCAAGUCCUGUUUGAUCCUGCUGCGCCAGGGUUUGUUGCACAUGUGUUGUCUGUAAUAUGGUGGAUGGCUGUUGAUAAUGGCAAUAAAUUGAGGAGAAAUGGUGAGGUUAACUUGUAAUGACUCUUCAGCUUCAAAUCUGACAUCUCCUGGAUAUCCCCAGCAUUAUGGCUACAACUUAAACAUCAUGUGGAAUAUCACAGCACCGCUAAACAAAGGGAUCGCGAUUCUCUUUCAAAAAUUCAGUACUGAGAAAUUUGAUGACGUGUUGGGAGUCCGUGAUCCUGUAAGAGCCUUCAAUAGCCGCAACUAUUCUGGAACAGGCCUAAAUGUUCCUCCAUUUCUAUCAACAGGGUCGUAUCUUCGUCUCACUUUUCAAUCAGACGGCAAUCAAGACUGUUCAGGAUUCCAUCUAGCACUUCAUUGUUUUGAUAAAUCAGAACGAACACAAAACGUAAGACUCAAGAGCAGUAUGAAGGCUAAUGAGGGAAUCUUGGAGGUCUUUAGACAUGUUAGAGGUCCUCGUCUUCGGGACCACUGGAUUCCAGUUUGCACAGAAAGCUUAAACUCAUAUCUUGCAGAGCUCACCUGCCGACAGCUAGGAUUCCCUGGGGUCUAUCAACUUACAAAUGAAACAAACAUUCAAUACAAGGACUCUACUUGCGCCAGCAUCGUCUGUGAUAAAUCAAACUUUUUACUUCAACAGUGUGUUUGGAAUAUGACACAACAAGAACCAUCCAAAGCUAGCAGGUUACAAUGUUUCAAUUUUGCAUAUCGUGGGUGCUACCUACUUGCUACUAACUACAAACUCUACCUGAGAUCCAAUGACACUGACGUAGAUGAAUGCAUACACAAGUGCUCUAUGACAUCCUCAGAACUAGCAGCGAUCACAGGAGACGGAUGCUACUGUUUCAAUGUUUCUCAAUCCUCGAUCCACACUGAAUAUCCAGACGAUAGCAUGUGUGCUCGAACAGGAUACAGCAUCCAUGUAGGAGAUGGCAUUAAGAUAUGGGCCUUUCAUUACAAUGCUACUGUCGGGGUCUGUGAACACCCUGGUGAUGUUGAUAAUGGAUGGUGGUCAUCAAACUACACACAUCUAGGAUCUACACUAAAAUUAUCAUGUCAAACUGGUUACGUCGUCAAUGGAAGUGAAUUCAUCGAAUGCAAACCAAAUGUGAUCUCCAUGAAGGGAGGCCAAGAUUGGGACAAGACGAUUCCAGAAUGUCAGAGGGCAACAGAAACCCCAAAACCGACACAAGAAUCCAUCGGGGAAGGUCCACUUCUAGAGCCAUGGUCAUUGAUUACUAUCAUCAUUGUUUCUCUUUCAUCAAUCGUUGCUGGGGUUGUGAUAUACGGAUACUGCAAGUCAAAGGAUUGUCGAAAAAUAUGUUUGGGAUUUACCAAGACAUUUCCAAGAAAAAGACAAGCGACUCGUUAUGGCGAUGAUAUAUCACUCAGCUCCAACAUGUCUACUUCUGAAAAAUAUCUACAUGUCAACUCAUCACAGGUAUGCCUAAAUCCGCCUGAACCCAACAGACAGGACGAGCAACAAAGUAGGGUUAAAGGAGAAGAUACUUCUGUAGCAAUGCUCUCAGUGGUUGAAUGCGCUACGGUCAACAAGGAUAAUCACGACACUCGAAAUUCGUCUACAGACCUCAUCAAAUGCGGAUCACGGACAGAUGAUGAUGAUGUUUACACUGACAUACCCACCAAGUUGACUCAGAUCCCAUCGUGUGUUAAAUCCCACACCAUGAAGAACCGACCACUCCCGGACUGUCCAAAGGGUGGAUUAAUCAAACCUCCUGUUCAUGACUAUAUCGAUAUGGGUAACAUUCCAGCAAGGGUAAGUGAUUGUCCCAACGCAACGAGGUUACGCGAAUCUUCAAACUUUGGAAACGACACCUCUUCUGAUCAACGAAUAGGCAUACCAGUCAACAUAAUACCAACACCUGAUGCGGUCGCUGAUACCGACGUUGAUGCUUUUGGGUACUUGCUAUCUUCCUCCUCAGCAUCGAUGAGUACGAUGGAACGAUCUCGAGUUGAUAAUCGUGAUGAGUAUGGUUAUCAAACUCUAUCUAAACGCGAAGAAAGUGCCUACACGGACUUGAUUUAAUUGAGUAUCAUAACCGGUGAAUCAUAUUGUGAGUAUAAAAGCGAAAUGAGCUUUAGAACUCUUACAAGUUGCUUCCUUCGAAAUAUAGGCCUACCUUGUAAUGUUUGUGGAAGAAUGAAAAAGGUUGCAUCUUUGUGAUCUUCCAUAUUUUUAACGAGGAAAAUAUGAUUGAUCAUCAUAAUAUAUACCUCCAAGCUAGUGUUACACUGUCAUGACGAUGCACGAUUAGUGAAUCUACGGACGAACCGUAUCAGGACAAUUUAUUAUCAGUUCCUUGUUGUGCCUUCCAAUAGUUUUUUAAGAGAAAAAUCAGUUUCAGAAACUAUACAAUUUUCAAACAAACACUCAAAACAAGAUUUAUUGUUCUCAAAGUAUUUGAAAAUAUGAAUAAAUUACUCCACAGUAUAUAAUUAUGUUAGAUUCUAUCAUUCUACUACAAUGUGUAUAUUUGUUGAAGCCUUUUGGUGAUAACUAUAUGUGUACAGUCACCUUUAUAUCUUAUUUGAGAGCUAGAUAUGUUGUCUUUAUUCCCACCUUCCUAGAUAGGAAUACUAACGGACAUUUCUUUAUGUGGGAUUAUUUUUGCAACUUACAAAUGAGAAACUCAGAAAUGAAAAUGAGUGAUAAACAAAAUCAAACCAAAGCUUUGAACUUUACGGUUGCAAAUGGGCGAUGCAAACGAAAUUCGAUAAACUGGUAUUUUCACAAAAUAAAGGGUUAAACGUUUUGAGUGUGUGAUCAAUUGAAUGUAUGCUUUAACUUGUUUAAAAAAGUAUAUCAUACGUAUAACUAAUCAGAAUUCAAAUUUAAUCAAUUGAAACCAGGUUUUUUUCAUGGAAUCUUGACCAACACGUUCUCACUAUAUUGGCUCCUGUCAAAAUGGCACUUUGAUUAUUCAGAUGAAUUCACAGAUAACGUUCAUUUUUUCGUCGUGACCACAAUCAUUAUUAAAUUUCAAGAAAAUACAGACUAUAAAAAAAAUUAUGUGAAAAAUUCUAUACAGGUUUGAUUUUACUGGAAUUUAUAUCGAGGGAUUUCUUCUUUUAUUAUCAAAUUUGUAUGCUCUUGAAUCUGUAGUAAUUUUAUAAUUUUUCGUCUUUAUUUGAUGUUGAGUGAAGAAUUUACAAUGUCAAAUUUAUAGUUCGAUUGGUUUAUUUGCAAUAGAUGUAAAAAAAAAAUCACCCACACACACGCCCUCACACAAAUUAACCAUCAAUGUUUCAAUAACAAAUUAAAUGCUUCAUAUUG